GAGGAAGAAUGAGUGAGAUCUCGUCCGAUGCUACACCGUUUCCUCACCGUGCUGGGAAUCUGUUCAAGAUUCAGUACUCAGUGAAUUGGGACAAACCAGGAGUUGAUUUGGAAAACAAUUUUACUAGUCAAGCUAGGAGGUUGUAUAGUUACAUGACUCCAUUUGUGUCCAAUAGUCCUAGAAGUGCCUACAUUAAUUAUAGGGACCUUGAUAUUGGUACCAACAGUUUUGGAAAGAAUAGCUAUAAAGAAGGAGUUGUUUAUGGGGUCAAGUACUUCAAUAACAAUUUUGAGAGGUUGGUCAAGAUCAAGACUGUUGUUGAUCCAGAAAACUUUUUCAGGAAUGAACAGAGUAUUCCAAUUCAUCCGGGAUUGAACUCUCGUGCUGCUAAAUCUGGUGCUGGCAAAUUGUUAAACUCCAGCCUAUAUUGGAAACUAAUGGUAAAGGUGGUUUGCUUACUCAUACUUCAAACAUUCAUAUAAUUAUUGUAAUCAUACAUGGACUUAGGAUUAUUAGGUUGUGUUAUUCUUUUUCCCCUGCAAGGAAAAGUUGUAGUCUUAUUUAAUGGACUUAGAAUUAUCAUGCUGUGUUACUCACUUCAUAAUUCUGUGUUACUCACUUCUUACUUGCUGGGGCAAAGAAUGUUGCUGAAACCGAGCUGAGUGAAUGAAUUGCUUCUGAAAGGACCGUUGGAAAUUUAUGCAGCUAGCAAUUCUUAUGGCCAACCAAGACAUUUAGCACUCAAAUUGAUUCCUCAUUUUGUUGAAGAGAACCAGUGGUUUGGAAUUUGUUUUAAAGAAUAGAAAUCUUGAAGUGAGUAAAAGCUUCCAAUGGAUAAUGUAAAAUUAUAAUAUCAUCAUAUGAUUCCAGAGGACGCAGGUGAAUAAUGGAGAACUUAUUUAUCAGUAGGGAAUAAUUCUAGAUUUCUUAUGCGGGCGAUUUCUUAAUGAAGCAAGAUGGAAAGGACAUUUUAAUUUCUUAUAUACACAAAUAUAUAAGAAAAUGCUGUUAAUACACACAUGACUCCCAGUAUAAAUUCUAACAAAAAAGAUUUAUCUAUUUUUUAUUUUUAAUCAGUAUCUCUGAAGGAUUAAUUAUUAAAACCCAUAUAUGUAAUACAUGUUAAUUAUACAUGUGUGUGUGUGUUUUUUUUUUUAAGUAAAUAUAAAUAUGCCAAGAAUCUUUAGUACAACUUCCAACUCAGUUUAAUCUCAAAAAUAGAAAGACACCAAAGCAUCCAGAAACUGAAAGACUAUAGGUAAAACACUGACUCACUGUAUGCAGUAUUUAGUUAUUUAAUGAAAGUGGAUGAUAAGUGGCAAUAAAAAAAUCUUCAAUUGGGUUGACGACAGCAAACCUCAAUUAUUGGGCACUGUCAUCAUCAAGACAAUAUUUGUGGUCCAACCACGAAGUCUUCAAACCGCACCAAUCCUGCACAUAGCUUUCCAGAAAUUGAACAAAUGGAAAAAACAAAGCUUCUUCCAUGUCUUUCUUUUUUUGUUCUGCUCCUACAUGUCUCUAAUUCUCUAGUAUCUCCAUCAAGGGAGUCCAUUUAUGACACUUUUCUUCAGUGUCUUCAAAGCCACACAAACCAACAAGAUCAAGUUUAUAACAUAGUCUAUGCCCAAACCAAUGCAUCCUACACCUCUACUCUUCAAGCCUUUGUUAGGAAUGCCAGGUUCAUCACCCCCUCAACCCAAAAACCAUUACUUAUUGUCACUCCUUCGCAUGAGUACCAAGUACAAGCCACUGUGGUUUGCGCCAAAAGCAUUGGUGUUCAACUCAAAAUAAGGAGUGGGGGCCAUGAUUUUGAAGGACUUUCAUACGUUUCUGAGGUACCCUUUAUGAUCCUUGACAUGUUCCAUUUCCAGAAUAUCACUGUGGACAUAAAAAAUGAGAUUGCUGAGGUUCAAGCUGGUGCAAGUCUUGGACAAGUUUAUCACAGGAUUUGGGAGAAGAGUAAUGUUCAUGGAUUCCCUGCAGGGGUUUGUCCAACUGUUGGUGUUGGUGGCCAUUUUAGUGGAGGAGGGUAUGGAAACAUGCUAAGAAAAUAUGGUUUAUCUGUUGAUAACAUUGUUGAUGCUAAAAUUGUUGAUGUCAAAGGUAGAAUUCUUGAUAAAAGCACUAUGGGAGAAGACCUUUUCUGGGCCAUUAAAGGAGGUGGAGGAGCAAGUUUUGGAGUCAUAUUAUCGUACACAGUUAAUCUAGUUCCAGUACCAGAGAAGGUUACACUUUUUCAUGUUGACAAGACCUUGGAGCAAAAUGCCACUGAUCUUGUUUUCCAGUGGCAACAGGUUGCACCAUAUAUAGAUGAUAGGCUUUUCAUGAGGCUGGUCCUACAGCCUGUGAGUUCCAAGGUUAUAAAGGGGCAGAAAACCAUCAUAGCCUCAGUUGAGGCUUUAUUUCUAGGAGGGGCUAAUGAACUUGUCACACUGUUGGAAAAGGAGUUUCCUUUGUUAGGACUUAAGAAGGAAAAUUGUAAUGAAAUGAGGUGGAUUGAUUCUGUGCUUUGGUGGGCCAAUUUCAAUGAUGGGUCCUCGUUGGAUGCACUGCUUGAUCGAAACCAUUACAAAGUGCAUUUUGACAAAAAGAAAUCUGACUAUGUUCAGACACCAAUUUCCAAAGAUGGGUUGAAAUGGAUCUGGAAGAAGAUGAUUGAGUUGGGAAAAGUUGGACUUGUUUUCAACCCUUAUGGAGGAAAAAUGAAUGAGGUCCCUUUCGAUGCUACUCCAUUUCCUCACCGUAAAGGGAAUUUGUAUAAACUUCAGUACUCAGUAAGUUGGCAAGAACCAGCAGCUGCGGCAGAGAAGAAUUUUAUGGGUCAGAUUAGAAUGCUAUAUAGUUAUAUGACCCCAUUUGUGUCCAAGAAUCCAAGGAGUGCUUAUUUCAAUUAUAGGGACCUUGAUAUUGGUAUCAAUAGGCAUGGUAUGGAUAGCUAUGAAGAAGGAGAGGUUUAUGGUAUAAAGUACUUCAAUAAAAAUUUUGAAAGGUUGGUGAAGGUUAAAAGUGCAAUUGAUCCAGAUAACUUUUUCUGGAAUGAACAAAGUAUCCCAACAUUUCCAAGCAAAGCAUAGGGAAACUAACCGACAAAGGAAAAAUUGAUUAAUUCAUUUUGUUACUUUUGUCUCUACAAGGUUGCUUGGAUUCUUAUAUCCUUCUUGUUGUGCCAAAAAUUGGUUACUAGUAUUACAGUACAGAAUGGAACUUGAGUAGUAUAUUGUAGACAAAGGUCAUUUAUUUCUUGGAUUUUCUCCUUCAUUUAUUGUUGUCUUUCAUUGUAUAUUCUCUGUGAAUCAGUUCAGUGUAUGUCAGUUUGCUUGUAUGGAGGGGGAAGGCCAAAACAAAGGCAUAUGCGCUUAACAUUGGGGGCUUACUGAGGGUGACACAGUGAUUGAAAACCGUCUUAGUUUUUUCUAACUUAGAAUUUGUUUGAUUUAUAAACACUCUUGGUUCCUAUAUUUUAAUUUAUGUGUAGUCCUAGUCUUUUAAUUUUAAUUGCUAAUAUUUUCAUCUCUUAAUUGUUUAAAUUAAGUCUCUCAUUUUAAAAUUUUAUUCAAUGAUUAGUAAAAUUAUAAUAAAGAUGUAAUAUAUUAUUGAUCCAUACAAAUUUAC